UAUAACACAAUUUUCAAGUAUAUGUGCGACAACGCUAGGGUUGUCCCAACGAUUAUUUUUGGUGGGCUGUGCUCUUUAAAUAUAUCGUCGGCUUAAUCCGCAAAUGUUGUAAGUCCACUUUUACUUGAAAAUUACAUUUUGGCGCCAUCUGCUUGUCCUGGAUUGCAUCCAUUUAUACAAAAAAAAUAACGCAACUAAAAAUUAAAUAACCCUGCUUUUUCGACCGAUUAACUUUAGACGUAAGUCCUUGUCGCUGUAGUUAGUAGGCAAUAGUCGUAUGUCCAUGAACAGUAAUGGCGUUUGUGUCACUGUGUAAUUAACGACGGCUGAGUACUCAAAUUAGGUGCUGUGUGGCAAUGGAUGAUACCAAAAUUGCAGCUGUAAGUAUUAUAAAGAGUUUUUAAAGUAGUGUUAUUUCUCCAAACAAUGUUUUAUCUACAUGGGUGUGGUACAAACUUGUGAGUGGACUUACGUCGUUUUCCACUUAGUGAUAUUUUUCCUGUUCUAUCGUGAAACUGACGUAUGUCCACAUUGUAAGGACUUACGUCGUUUUCUGUACCUGUGAGAAUAUAAAAAUUUAAUGUUGUUUAGGUGAAAUUACUUAACAUAAUUUUUGUAAGAUCUAUACUAAAAGGUUUUUUUCCCAGAAAAUGCUUAACAGCAGAAGUAUGAAAAUUUUGAGGAUGCUCAAACCCUUAACAGAAGAUCAUGAGUGCAAUGUUACUGGUCAAGUUUCGGACAAAGAAAAUGUUGCACCAAGUCAAAAUACUGAUGAGCAUGUUAAACGAUGCGAAGUGCAAAACAUUGCAAAUUACUACCAGCAAGAAAUAGAAAAAUCCCAUGACAUAAUAGUGAUACCUGUCAUUAACAGCAAUAUUACAACCGAGUCUGAUUUGUGCAAUAAUACCUCUUUGCCAGAAAAUGUCGCAUUCAAUGAAGAGAUUGAAGGUGAUCUGUUGUUAGAUAUCCCAGAAGUAACAAAUUUUCUAUUAACUGAUCAAACUCAGAGAGCAGGCUGCGAUGAAACUUUAAUUAAUUUACCACAAGGGGACACGAACUGGGAAAAGGAAAAUUCUUCUGCUUCCAGUGAUCAUUCCGUGCGAGGUUAUACAAAUGAUCUUGACUAUGGUAGCAUAGAUAGCAACGACCUGGAUAAAUCAAAUUCGGAUUCAGACAAUAACAAUCAUCGUACAAAAAGAAGGAAGAGACAUUUUGUAGAUUCAAAUACCUGGAAUGAAACAGCCCAACAAAGAAAACGCGAAAGUGGACAAAAAUAUAAGGGAAAAAAGAAGGUGGACGGUAAGUGGGUUUACAAUGUAAAAAGGGAAGAAAGAAAAUUAAAGGAAAGAUGCAACUGUAAAUUAUCCAAGAACACGACGCAACUUAAAUGUAGCAGUAUCACUGAUAGUGAUAGGAUGCAAAUAUUUACCACAUUUUGGUCGAAAAUGAGCUGGCUCGAGAGAAAGGUGUAUAUGAGUUUUUUAGUGAAAAGGAUUGCUGUAAAGAGACAACGUAAUCGCAAGGACGAUAAUAUUUCAAAAAGAAGUACGUCACUUGAAUAUUAUUUAAAGCUGGACGAUGAAAAGAUCAGAGUUUGCAAAAAAAAUGUUUUUAAAUACUCCUGGUGUUGGAGAAAAGAUGGUUUCAAACUGAAUCAAGCAAAGAAAACUUGAUAAGACGACGACAGUUGGUACAGAUGAUGUAAAGUGUCAAUCCGCGGUUACCAUGAAUGAUCAAUACAGACAUAAAAAAAUUCUUCUUGCAGAGUUUUUUAAGGAGCUGCCAAAAGUCGAAUCCCAUUACUGCCGAGCCUCCACUCAAAAGCUUUACCUUGAACCAAAUUGGCGUACCAAAAUGGAAUUAUAUAGAUUUUAUAAAGAUGAAUGGUGUGUAAGCAAAAAAACGCAGGCACUUUCCAUUGCAUCAUUUCACCACGUGUUCCAGGAAGCAAAUCUGGCUCUGUUUACACCAAAAAAAGAUGAAUGUGAUAUUUGCAUCUCAUACAGAACUGGAAAUAUAUCAGAAGAGGUUUAUAACAUUCAUCAAGAAAAAAAGCAAGAAGCCAGAUUACAAAAAGUGCAAGAUAAAACUUCAAACAACAAGAUUUUUUGUAUCGAUCUCCAGUCAGUACUGCUCAGUCCCAAAUCCAAUGUAUCCUCGCUAUAUUUUAAAACGAAAUUAAUUGUACAUAAUUUCACUGUGUACGAUAUGAAAACGUCUGAGGGAUAUUGUUAUCUAUGGCAUGAAGCAGCAGGAGGAGUGACUUCAAAUAAUUACGCCAGUAUCAUCUGCACGUUUUUAGAGCAACACGUUGUAGGAACUUUACAAUCUGGACAGCACAUAAUCUUGUACAGCGAUGGAUGUGCUGCCCAAAACAGAAACGUCACUUUAAGUAACGCUUUACUGAACUUGUCAAUACUUCAUAAUGUUACCAUUGAACAGAAGUAUUUAGAGCGCGGCCACACGCAGAUGGAGGUGGAUUCUAUGCACUCAACAAUUGAAUAACAGCUACGAAACAGGAAAAUAAAUGUACCAGCAGAUUAUGUUCAAGUGUGUCUAAAAGCUAGGCAGAAGCCACGUCCUUAUAAGUUUUUAACGUCUUUACGCCCAGGACGAAAAGUUGGCGAUCCAACUAUAACCGAUAUAAGAGGGCUUCGUUACCUACCAGAUGGCCAGUUGUUUUACACUUUAAGACAUGGACAAGAAUACGAAAACUUAAAUAACGGCAAACGUGGAUCUUCUAAGUCUGUGUCAAUGGCAGUUGCCAUAGAAAACCUUCCACAACUAUAUAAAGGCCCAAUACCGAUUAAAAAGGAAAAAUAUGAACAUCUACAGAUCUUAAAGAAGAGUCUGGAUAAUGAUUAUCAUGGUUUUUAUGACGCCCUUGCAUACAAAUAAUUUAAGUAGGUACCUAUACAUAAUGUAAAUAUUUGUCAUUUUAGUUCUUUUGUUUUACAAACCAAAGUUUUUCAUUUCUUUUAGUAAC